CCCAUUGAAAAGGCACCGUGGAACACAUACAUGAAUCAAAUAUUCCUCGUGUCCCCACAAUGUCUCCACAGUAGUUUUGCUUAAGAAGAGAGGGGGUCGUGGCUUAGCAUUAUAAAGAGAAGGGGAAAACAGCAAAGCUUUAUGAGGUUUAUUUAGACACUUUCCACCGCAAAAAAAAGAAGAGGACUCCAAACAGAAGAGGAAUUGUGGACUAUAUUUUUCUAUUUUGGGCUUUAUGUCACAUUGGUUGGCAUUUUUCAUUGUAAAAAAAUGAAACUUUGGACAUCUCCCUGGGUGUCCUGCCUGGUGAUUCUCAUCCUGUGUUUUGGAUCAGAGUGCGGGACGGUGGAGCGGCGGAAAGGCAGAUCCAAGAGGGACUUGGUGCGCAUUAGGGAGGCGAGAGCCACCGUGCCGGGGGCUUGCGCCACGCGUCUGCCCCGGGGCAAGCGCUCCCUGGCCGGUUUGGAGCGCCGGGGGCUCCGGCAGCGUCGGCGCUCCUCCUCGCAGCCGGACGUGAGCUCCACUGAGCGGGGCAAGGCGGUCUAUUUCACCGGCAGGGGCGACCAGCUCCGGCUGAAGCCCGGCGUGGAGAUCCCCAGAGGAAACUUCACACUUGAGAUGUGGAUCAAGCCGGAGGGAGGUCAGCGAUCCCCCACUGUUAUAGCAGGCCUUUACGACAAAUGUUUCUACGCCUCCAGUGACCGAGGCUGGUUGCUCGGCAUCCAGUCAGUCAGUGAACAUGGCAACCGAGACCCCCGCUUCUUCUUCUCCCUUAAGACAGAUCGUGCCCACAAGGCCACUACCAUCCACUCCAACGCUCGCUACAUACCAAAUCAGUGGGCUCAUCUAGCCAGCACCUUUGAUGGUGUCUACAUGAAGCUCUUUGUCAACGGCGCCCAGGUUGGCGUGAGUCGGGAGCAAUCGGGUGACGUCUUCAGUCACCUGACCAAAAAGUGUAAAGUGCUAAUGAUCGGGGGGAACGCACUGAAUCAUAACUACAGGGGGGCAGUGGAGAGGGUGGCUAUGUGGAGGCAUGCUCGUGGGCAGAGGCAGAUUAUCAGGGCUAUGCAGGGCCACGAGGAUCCCCAAGAUAUACCUCAGCUUGUCAUACGCGAAACUUUUGAGCACCCUGGCAGGAAGUGGCUGACUGUGAAAGACGGUAGCUUCCCUCAGCCAGAGCAGAGGGGAGGUGGACGGAUGGGUUUUCAGGGCAGUGGAGGAAAUGCUGAAGUAUUAUUAGACACGACGCUGGAGCCACCAGCUUGUGGCCAAACGGUCUGCGACAAUGUCGAGGUCAUCGAAAACUAUAACCAGCUUUCCAGCUUCCGGCGCCCCAAGAAAGUACGGUACCGCGUGAUAAAUAUCUGGGAUGAUACGCGGACCAAGCCAACUGUGUCAGACCACCAAAUCAGCUUGCAACACCAGCAGCUUAAUGAUGCCUUCAGCCCCAACAAUAUCACCUGGGAGCUCAGCAUUCACAACAUAACUAACUCGUCCCUUCGAAACAGGUUGAUUCUCGCUAACUGUGACAUCAGCAAAGUGGGUGACGAUGCUUGUGACCCAGAAUGCAACCAUCCACUUACCGGGUUUGACGCAGGAGACUGCGUGUCGGGCCACCGGAGUCGGUGCCCUGAGAGCAAGCAGGGUAACGGCGUGUGUGACCCGGAAUGUAACUGGGAAAAUUUCUUCUACGACCUUGGUGACUGUUGCAAUCCCGGUGUGACGGAUGUGACCAAGACUUGCUUCAACCGCUCCUCUCCACACAAAGCCUAUUUGGAUGUGAAGGAGCUCAAAGAGAUCCUGCGCUUGGACGGCUCUACUCACCUGAAUGUCUUCUUUGCCAACUCCUCUGAUGAAGAUCUAGCGGGGGUUGCCACUUGGCCAUGGGACAAAGAAGCCCUCACGCAUUUAGGCGGAAUUGUGCUGAAUCCAUCCUUCUAUGGCACAUUUGGCCACACUGACACCAUGGUUCACGAGGUCGGUCACAGUCUGGGCCUCUACCACGUCUUUCGAGGGAUCUCUGAGAUCGAGUCGUGCAACGACGCUUGUUUGGAGACAGAGCCUUCCAUGGAGACUGGGGAUCUGUGUGCCGACACCAACCCCACGCCCAAGUACAAAGGCUGCCACGAUCCCGAGCCAGGAAAUGAAACCUGUGGCUCUCAGCAUUUCACACGCACGCCUUUCAACAACUACAUGAGUUACGCAGACGACUCCUGUACCGACUCCUUCACCCUGAAUCAAGUGGCUCGCAUGCACUGCUACCUGGACCUGGUCUACGAGACGUGGCAACCUGCCUCCAAACCUCCCCCGGUGCCGAUGCCCCCUCAGGUGGUGGAGCAGCAUCACAACUCCGUCACCUUGGAAUGGUUCCCGCCCAUUUCCGGACACUUUUAUGACAGAGAAUUGGGAUCAGUGUGCGAUAAAUGCACUGAGGGGCGAGUCCUACUGCAGUACGCCUCCAACUCGUCAUCGCCCCGACCGUGUGACCCCUCUGGACACUGGUCUCCACUUGAGGCAGAAGGCCCUCCUGAUGUCGAGCAGGCCUGCGAACCGAGUGUGCGCACCUGGAGCCCGAACGCGGGGAUUGAGCAAGGCAUCGUCGGACUGUCCGAGUGUCCCCUCCAGGGCUGCAUGCUUCAGUUGGAAUUCCCCCACCCGCUGGUGCCGGACUCACUGACUGUCUGGGUCACGUUCUUCAGCCCUGACGAAACGGCACUGCCGGCUAUACACAACAUUCUGCUGCUCACUGUCAGCGGCAACAACAUCUCGCUAGGGCCCAGCAAUGUCUUCUGCGACACCGCGCUCACCCUGAAGCUGGACGUUGAGGAGGAAGUUUAUGGGGUGCAGUUCUUCACUAUGGAGCAGCACCUGGAGAUCGAUGCCACCCUCUUGGCAUCCAAACCGGACUGCUAUCUGUGCAAUGACUGCCAACCACUGCGCUACCGUCUGCUGCGCCAGCCGCCCUUCACCCACGCGCCACAUGGUCUCAUUUUCAAUGAACCCUCACGUCAAUAUAUAGACAGCGAUGUAGGCCCCCAUGUUGCGUACACCUAUCAGGUACAAACCAUCUCCAGUCGGAGUGAAAGCGAGCCUUCCCCACCACUGGUGCAUGAACUCGGGGCAACCUACUGUGGGGAUGGAUGGAUCCAGAGUUCCAAAGGAGAGGAGUGUGAUGACAUGAAUUCCAUGAAUGGAGACGGCUGCUCCAGCCAGUGCAAGAAAGAGCCUUUCUUCAACUGUGUUGAGGAACCGAGCAUGUGCUACUACUAUGACGGGGAUGGCAUUUGCGAGGACUUUGAGCGAGAGACCGGCGUUCGAGAUUGUGGCCUCUACACGCCCAGCGGCUUUCUGGACCAGUGGGCAUCCACCGUGGAGGUUUCCCAUGAGAAGAAACCCUACUGCUCGGGCGAGGUGGCGGCUGGUUAUCCCGCUGUUACAAAGACUUGUCAGUCAAAGGUGUUUGAUCUAUCUGACGGGGUUUCCCAAUAUGCCUGGUUCCCAUGUCACGAGGCCCGCAAGACUCUCUGGGGACACCCAAACUACAGGCUCAAGGCCCACUUCUCUCAUCCAAUGGUGGCGGCGGCGGUGAUCAUACAUCUGGCGGCUGACGGGACUGGUUACAUAGACCAGACUCAGUGUAACAUCACCGUUGAGCUUGUGGACACCAAAGAAGGAAUCCAUAGUCUUGGCGAGUGGCGACUGAGCUGCCGUACGAACCCGUUGGUGAUUCCAGUCAGCCACGACUUGUCGGUGGCCUUCUACCACACCAAGUCCAUCCAGGUCAUGUUCGCCUCCCGCCUGGUGGCCAUCUCCGGCGUCGGCUUGCGCUCCUUCCAGUCCUUUGACCCCAUCACCAUCAGCGGUUGCCAGAGCAAUGAGAUCUACAACCCUACCGGUCAAAGUUGUGUACAUUAUUCGUGCGAAGCCAUCGACUGCCAGGAGCCCUUGAUCCGCAAUGCAGAGCUCAAGUGCAGCAACGCCGGCCGCCACUUCUACAACGGCGACCGCUGCACUAUCUCCUGCAACUCAGGAUACGUCCUGCAGAUCCACCAGGAUGAUGACAUCAUCAAGAGCCAGUCGGACUCGUUGGUGACCAUAACUUGUGCGAACGGCAAGUGGAACAAACAGGUGUCAUGCGAGCCCGUCGACUGCGGUCUGCCCGACAAAUACCACGUUCACCCGGCCCAUUUCAACUUUCCUGAAGGCACCACAUUUGGCAAGAAGAGCACUUUCCAGUGUCGCCAACCCGCCCAGCUUGUAGGUACCAACAACACUCUGACCUGCCUCGAGGAUGGUCUAUGGUCCUUCCCGGAGGCUCUCUGCGAGCUUCGCUGCCCAGCUCCUCCGCCUGUGCCCAAUGCCGUGCUGCAAACCAAGCGCUGCAAUGAGACUGGCCUCAAAGUGGGAACGCUGUGCAAGUACAAGUGCAGGCCGGGCUACCAUGUGACCAACAAACCCAAGAGGCGUGCGUUCAAACGUCAGUGCACCGAGGAUGGCAGCUGGCUGGAGGGAGCAUGCGAACCGGUGACUUGCGACCCCCCGCGGGCCAUCUUCCACGGCUCCUACCACUGCACUGAUGGCUUCCGCUUCGACAGCGUUUGCCGGCUCAACUGCUCUGACCCAGCUGGUAAUAGCGCUAAUGCCGUCACUGGAGGCUCCGCCCACACGGUGAGGCUGCUUCACGCUCCAUGCAAACAGGGCGCAGGCUCCCACGCAAUCCGCUGCAGGAAGGACGGCAACUGGACGGGGUCGUUCAGCCUCUGCCCCAACAGCAAAGGCCAGUGUUCUUUACCUCAAAACCUGCAUUACAGCCUUCAGUACUCAUGCAGGCGAGGACAUGGCAUAGGCGAGGAGUGUGAGCUGACGUGCAGGGAGAGCAACAACGACGUGGUGAUCCUCCCUAGCAACAUGACAGUGGAAAGUGUACUCAAGGAGCACUGGAGGAACCCGAACAAAGUCAAGAGUAUCGUCUGUACAAUGGGACUGAAGUGGUACCCACACCCAGAAUUGCUCCACUGCUUCAAAGGAUGUGAGCCAUUCAUGGGAGACAACUACUGUGAUGCAGUAAACAACCGAGCCUUCUGUAACUACGAUGGAGGAGACUGCUGCCAAUCCACUGUCAAGACCAAGAAGGUGAUUCCAUUCCCCAUGUCGUGUAACAUACGGAAUGAGUGCUCCUGUCGGGAUCCCAACGCCGUGGAGAACAAAAGGGAAGAGAACGUCCAUUCCUUGGGGUGACCAAAAGUACGACCGAAGGGGAGGGAGAGGGGCCUCUGUUCAACUUCCCAAGACCCUUUGCUCCAACAACACACCCAGAGUGGCUGAGGCGGUACCCCUGCACCCCCCAUCCUCCAUUUUCCUGCACAUGCUGCUUUAACAGGCAUACCUCUUCAUCCUCGCAACCCCUCUGCCUCCACAUCAUGAAAAGAUUGAGAAUAGACGACGAGACUCAUGAAACGCCACUGAAAGCUUCAUCCCUCAACUAAAAGGAAAGUUGCGCCACAGUAUCAUUAUCAUGAAGCAGCAUGAAUAGAAUAACAAAAAAAGAUCCAUUUAAAAAAAAAAAAAAAAAGUGAACAAAAACCUAGUCAAGUCGAGGUACUGUAGCAUGCCUUUUGUUCAGUGUCUAGUGUAGUGCCCUAGAUCAACAAUUACAUGAUGGAAGUAAUUCCAAAUGUGCAAGU